AUGAAUAAUUGUGAAGACGAUAAGAUUAGAAGUGGUUUAAUAGCUAGUGGUAGUAUUCUUGUUGAUUAUAUAAUAACAAUCAAUGAUUGGCCAAUGGAAAAUUGUACAUCAUUUAUUCAACGUGAAGUUAAAAUGACAAGUGGAGGUGCACCAUACAACAUUGUUAAAAAUCUACAAUUGAUGAAAGUUGAUUUUCCAUUGUCACUUGUUGGAUUAAUUGGAAAUGAUUCAAAUGGUAAAUGGAUAAUUAAUGAUUGUAUUAAAUCCAAUAUUGAUAUAACUAAAUUAGAAAUAAUAAAAGAUUCCAUUCCAACAUCUUGUACAUAUGUAAUGGCCGUUGAAAACACAAAUCGACGUACAUUUUUUCAUCAACAAGGUACAAAUGGAUUAUUAGAUGAAAAACAUUUUGAUUUUUAUAAAACAAAUGCUAAAUUAUUUUAUCUUGGUCCUUUAACACAAUUAAAUAAAUUAGAUCAAUUUAAUAAUGAACGAACAAAUGCAUCUCGUACAUUAGAAAAAGCUCUUCUAUUUGGUCUUGAAACAAUUGUAGAUUUUUCAAGUGGAAAAAAUUUAAAUUAUUCACAAAUAGCCAAAUCAUCUUUACCUUUUAUCGAUCAUUUAAUAAUUAAUGAAACAGAAGCUGGAUUCAUUUUUAAUAAAAUAUUAACAAGUGACAAUUUAACUGAAAUAAAACAGAUUGCAAAUCAAUUAAUUGAUUUAGGUGUAAGAAAAAGUGUAACUAUUCAUUUUUCUGAAGGGGCCAUUUUAAUAACAAAAGAUAAAAAGAUUUUUUCUCAAGGUUCAAUUAUUUUACCAGACAAUUUUAUUAAAAGUUCAGUUGGAGCUGGAGAUGCAUUUGUUUCGGGAAUCAUUUAUGGAAUUCAUCAACAAUGGACAUUCGAUAAAACAUUACAGUUAGCUGUUUGUGUUGCAGCAAUGUCAUUAUCAGAUGAAUCAUCAACUGAUGGAAUCAAAAAUAUUCAACAAUGUUUAGAUUUACAAAGAUUUGGUUUCAGAAAAUUAAAUAUAUAA